AUGGGAAAUCCAGGAUUUGGGAAUAUUAAAGAGUCAGGAGAAGAAAUAGGUCAAUUAGCAGAAAAAGGAAAAGGAAGAGGAAGAGAAGUGUUACCUCAACCACAACAAUCACAGGGUUCCUUAGCAGGAACAGGAGCAGCAGCAGUACCACAACAGAUCAUCGGGUCAUCAUCAUCAACAUCUUCAAUAAAAUCAUCAACAACAUCAACUACGAUUCAACAGCGAGUAGCAGAAGGAGGAGGUGGAGCUCGAGGUGCGAUACGGGUACGCCAACGCCCUCAAAUACCACCGAAACCGCAGAUGGACACCGUCAGAUACAGCAUGGCCAAUGUACAAGAAAGUUGUGAUUGGGAGUUGGAUACUUUGUUGGGUGAGCUGUCAGCUCUCGAACAACAACUUACUAUUGGUGGUGAUCAGGCGCUUCUUGGCCUACCAACUCUUCCAACUUCUGCUUCACGUGAAAGCAGUCUAAAUCAAAGCAAACGAAAUAGUAUUCCUUCCGCUUCUGUUAUACAACAAACUGACGUGAAAAGGGCUGGUCUUCAAUCUCAUGCUCAACAUUCGUACUCUUACAACGAUAACUUCACACAAGGCUCAGGUACUACUGGUGCUACAAUGUCGACAGAUUGUCCAAGCCCUGAUCGUGAUUCUGCUUUUGGUGAUUCCUCUAGUACAGAAUCUCGAAACAACAAUCGAAAUUGUAGAAACUCGGCUAUCUCAUAUUCCGAUAGUUGUCGAGGCUCACUUAAUACGCCAAGUCCAAUUCAACAGGUUCAAUUAUUUGCCUGUUUUUUUUUGAUUUUAUUUCGUUCAGUUGUUGAUUUCUUCGUUUUCUUUCCUUUCUUUUCUAUUAUUUGUCUAUCGCUGAUGAAAAUACGAUUGAAAUGUCGAAAGAUGAAUUGUAAAGAUGAAAUUGGAAUUGAAGUUCGGGCAGCGUCUUAA